CUUCAAAACACACGUCAAAAGAUUACGGGGGAAUUUAAGGAAUAGUGACAAUUGUCAACACAUCAUGCUUAAAAACAAGGGAAUGUACGACGCCGAUGGUGCCGGGUUGAGCAUCCCUGUACCGACAGACUACCACAACAAUGCGCUAUCGGAUACAAGUAGCAACCAUUCGCUUUAUCGAACGCACGGCCCUCCUGGAACUGAAGAUACCGUCAAUUAUAUUACGUUUAACCAGGAUUCUAGUUGUAUUGCGGUUGGUUUGAAUAAUGGAUACAAAAUCUUCAAUUGCAAGUCAUCCUUGGGCCGAUGUUUCCAUCGGAAGGAAGAAUCGAUUGGUAUAGUGGAGAUGUUGUAUUGUACAUCGCUUGUUGCCGUUGUAGGAUUGGGGGAUGAACCAGGGUCAUCACCAAGGAAACUUCGUAUAAUAAACACGAAGAGAAACUCCACCAUAUGUGACUUGACCUUCCCAUCGACUAUCUUGAGAGUUAAACUUACUCGAGCUCGAAUGAUUGUACUUUUAGAAGAACAAAUUUAUAUUUAUGAUAUUUCAACCAUGAAACUUUUGCAUACGAUUGAAACAAGUCCUAAUAUUAAUGGGUUGGGGACACUUUCUUCAGAAGAUUGUGAUGGGAGAGGAAGUUGUUUUUUGGCUUAUCCUUCGCCACCUAAGACUAUUAUUCAUGAUUCAUUACUUGCCACUGGAAUCAAUACCAAUGGCGGGUCUAAUUCAAUCAGUAAUAACAUUCAAUCGGUGAGUAAUACUCCAAACCGGGUUGGAGAUGUGAUUAUCUUCAAUGUGUCCACAUUACAGCCUCUUUCUGUGAUUGAGGCUCAUAAAUCUACAUUGGCAGCCAUUUGUCUUUCACAGGAUGGAACACUUUUAGCUACUGCUUCAGAUAAGGGAACAAUUAUUAGAGUGUUUUCAGUAGAUUCAGGAGUGAAAUUAUUCCAAUUUAGAAGGGGUACUUACCCAACCAGGAUUUAUUCCCUUAGUUUUAGUCAAGAUAAUCGGUAUGUGGUUGCUACUAGUGCAAGUGAAACUGUUCAUAUAUUUCGACUUGGAGAGGAUGAAGCCUUGGUGAAUAAACAUAAUUUGAAAAGAGCUAACAAAAAGAUUAAGCUCAAUACAGAAUAUUCUACCAUCACUGAAGUAAGUGAAGAAUUAGAACAAAAACAACAAAAGAUAAAGAAAGCCAACAAGGAUGGUAACGGAGAUGAAUCUGGAGAAGUAGACGAAGAAGAGGAAGAAGAAGAUGACGAAGAAGAAGAUGGUGAGAUUAGAGAUGAUGGAGAUGAUAGUGAUGCAGAUGUGGAUGCAGAUAAUGGAUCAAUAGAGAUUGUACCAAAUAAGCAAAGAAAACUUUCACAAGGAUCAAGCAAUUCAUUUGCCAGUAUAAAUUCCAAUCUUUCUAUUGUAAGUAGUGAGGAUCAAAGAGGAGAGCCUAAAACAGAACCAAUAGUGGACCUGGCAAGAAUAUCUAUGGCUAGAUUAAUUAGAAGAUCAUCUCAAACUCUUGGUCGGAAGGCAGCACAAAAAAUGGGAGAUUUUCUUCCUUCUAGAUUUUCUUCCAUUUUGGAACCUACACGUCAUUUUGCGUCAUUAAAGAUUGCCACCAUUGGUAAGGACGUCAAGUCAAUUGCUGUGUUAAGUAAUGAAUUACAAGAAGAUCUUGUUCCUCAAGCAUAUAUUGCAGCUGGUGAUGGAUCAUCCAAUGGUACUCCUAACCGUGAAAACUUUAUGGAAAAUAAAGAGUUGUUAUCAUUACAAUUAUUACACAUUCAAGUGGUAACUUCUGAAGGGUAUUUUUACACUUAUGGUUUAGAUCCGGAAAGAGGAGGUGAUUGUAUACUUUUGCGUCAAUAUUCACUUUUAAACGAGGGUGAACAUUAGGCAAAUCUCUUUAUAAAGUUAUUAGAAUUUUAUUAGCUUCUUAAGACUUGAAUUGGAUUAAUGUAGUAAUUGUACU